AUGAAUUUUUUAAUAAUUAUUUUUUUUUUUUUUAAAUAUAUAUUUUGUAAAUCUUUAAAUAGGAUGUUUAGAAUUAGUUAUAUAAAUUCAAUUGUAUCAAUAAAAAAAAAUAAUUACAAAUUUAUAAAAAGGAUAUUAAAAAAUCUUUGUUUUGUUAAUGAAAAUAAUAAUAUAAAAAAUUUUUAUAGAAUCAAGGAAAGUGGAUUUCAUUCUGAUAAAUCACCACCUUAUUUAUUAAAAUUUGAAAAUUCGAAUGAUAUAUUAGCAUAUACAGAUAAAAUAGAUAAUGAUUGUUUAAAUCAAAUUAAAAAUUUAGCUAAACUAAAAAUUAUAAAAGGUCAUGUUGCUAUAUUACCUGAUGUCCACCUUGGUAAAGGCAUAAUAAUUGGCUCUGUAUUUUUGACAAAAGAUUUUAUUAUACCUAAUGGAGUAGGUGUUGAUAUAGGUUGUGGAAUUUUAUGUGUAAAAAUUAAUAAUUUAAAAAAAAAAGAUCUGAAUGAUAAAAUUAUAAAUAAUAUAUAUAACAAAAUAAAAAAAAAUAUUCCUUUAAGUUUUGAUUGCCACGAUAAAGAAGUAUUUGAUUCUAAAACUGUAUUUACUAAUUUAAUAAAUAAAUAUGCUAGUAAUAAUAUAAAAGAUAUAAUUAAACUUAAACAUUUCAAGCAGUUGGGGACAUUAGGAGGAGGAAACCAUUUCAUUGAAAUUGUAUAUGAUGCAACCUAUUCAAAACAGAAAAAUAAAAUGAAAAAGUCUUUGGAUAAUAAUAUAUUUAACAACAUUUAUAACGAUGAUAUAAAAAUUUCUUCUGAUAUAAAUUAUAAUGAUGUGCCUAUUAAUAUUUCUGAUGAACAAGAGUAUGGUGAUUCAGAUAUAUAUAUUAUGAUUCACUCUGGUAGUAGAAAUAUAGGUAAAACAACAGCAGAGUUUUAUGAUAUUUUAGCUAGUGAAGAAAGUAAUAUGAAAAGAAAUGACUUGGCUUAUCUUGAUUUAAGAAAAGAAAAUGGAAAAAAUUAUCUAAAAGAUAUGAAAUUAUGUUUAGAAUAUGCAAAAUAUAAUCGAAUAUAUAUGAUGAAAACAAUCGAAAAAAUUAUAUAUGAAGAAGUAAAAUGUACCUUGAACUGGGAAAAUGCUAUAAAUAUUCAUCACAAUUUUUGUAAUUAUGAAAUGGUGUCAUAUAUUGAUAACAACGAAAUAAAAAAUGAUUAUAUGUAUGUUACUAGAAAGGGAUCAACAUCCUCUAAAAAAGAUGAAUUUGGUAUAAUUCCAGGAAAUAUGAAAGUUGGUUCUUAUAUAGUAAAAGGAAAAGGAAAUAAAUUAUCUUAUAAUUCUUGUUCACAUGGUUGUGGCAGAUUAUUAAGUAGAACAAAAGCAAAACAAAUUAUUAAUCAAAAUGAUUUUGUUAAUAUUAUGAAAGGAGUAAAAUGCGAUACAAAUAAAAAAAUUAGAGAUGAAGCACCUCAAGCAUAUAAGAAUCUAAAUGAAGUCUUAAAAAACCAAGAUUCUCUUAUAUAUAUAAUUAAAAAAUUGUUGCCAAUAAUUAAUAUUAAAGGAUAUUAA